AUGAAGCGACACGAACUAACACUCGAACAAAAAAUUUCAUUAAUCAAAGAUAACAGCAAUGGCAACGGUUUAUCAAUACGAACAUUGGCAGAAAAAUAUUCAAUUUCAAAGAGCAGCGUGACCAACAUCUUAACUCGUCGUACUGAGUACGAAGAUGAUUAUUUAACAAAUGCUAACAAGGGUAUAAAGCGAAAAUUAAAGAACGGCAAUGGAAGGCAAAUUGAUGAAAUUCUCUUCGAAUGGUUUACAGCCCAACGGGCCAAGAACAUCCCGAUAUCAGGUCCUUUAUUACAAGAAAAAGCUCUGCAAAUUGCAGAAGAACUUGAUAUUUCAUCAGGUGAAUUUAAAGCUUCCAAUAGAUGGCCAGAAAAAUUUCGACAUCGACAUAUGAUUGGAUAUAGGCAAAUAUCUGGUGAAAGUAGUAGUGUAUCUACAACAACUACUGAAGAAUGA